UAUGAAAACGCAGUUCAAAUUUUAGAAUCUCGUAGAAAAAUUUUCUUUUUGAAAAUAGGCUUCAUGUGUGGGUUUGUGAGACAAGGGGUAAACAGAAAAUGCAGAGGGAGAUAAUGAGCAAGAAGAAGAGUAGUCAGGUUCAUUGUCUUCCCUCUGGUGAUCUCAUGACGGCUUCAACUUCAAAACGCAUUCCUGAGAUCAGAUUGUACAAAGCCUGGAAGGGUAACAACAGAUUUUUCUGUGGUGGAAGGCUAAUCUUCGGUCCUGAUGUAUCAUCUCUGUUCCUAACCUCGUUCUUGAUUGGAGCUCCUGCCCUUACAUUCUGCAUAAGGAUGCUCUUCUGGAUCCGAAGAGGCGACCCUUCCUUCAAUUACACCGUUCUGACUUCAGGAUUUAUCCUCACCCUCUUGGACUUUAUGUUUCUAUUGUUGACAUCAGCUAGGGAUCCAGGAAUCAUCCCCAGGAACAAAACAUCAAUGAAUCUUGAAGAUGGCUCAGAGAGUUCAUUGACACAAUCUAUGGAAUGGGUCAACAACAAAACUCCUCAUCUCAAGGUUCCUAAAACGAAAGACGUUUUCGUUAAUGGCUACACUAUCAAAGUCAAGUUCUGUGAUACUUGCUUGCUAUACCGUCCACCACGCGCAUCCCACUGCUCCAUAUGUAACAACUGUGUCCAACGCUUUGAUCAUCAUUGUCCAUGGGUCGGACAAUGCAUUGCCCGUAGAAACUACCCUUUCUUCAUAUGCUUCAUCUCAACUUCAACAUUGUUAUGCCUAUAUGUCUUUGUGUUCUCUUGGAUCAAUCUAAUCAGACAGCCUGGGAAACUAUGGAGGACAAUGUCUCAUGAUAUAGUCUCUGUCAUUCUUAUAGUCUAUACAUUCGUUGCUGUCUGGUUCGUUGGUGGCCUAACCAUUUUCCACUUCUAUCUAAUGUCAACAAAUCAGACAACUUAUGAGAAUUUCCGGUACCGUUAUGACAAGAAAGAAAAUCCUUACAAGAGAGGGUUACUAAAGAACGUUAAAGAAGUGUUCUUCGCCAAGAUACCGCCUUCUCAACUAGAUCUCAGAGCAAUGGUACCAGAAGAAGAUGACGUGACAAUAGCAUCUGAGUAUCAAUCAGAGUAUAGUUCAUCAGUCAGAUAUGAUUCAGAAAUGGGAGGCAAGCUCACUAAUCGGGAUAGUCCAAAGAAGCUUCCUAUGCGCGCAAGAAACUUAGAUAAUAUUGACCUUAGUGAUGACUAUGACAAAUCUCUGGCUACUAGAGAUGAUGUUUCUCUUGAUCUUUCUUCUCAUCUCAACUAGACUUGCUGCAAGUAAUUGCAAUGAAGAGACCUCCUGAUGUUGUAUCAUUUUUGUCUAUAUUGUCAAGA